AUGAGGAUCGAAUGUCGGGAGAUCAUACAGCUGGUUGAUUCGCAGACGGUGUUGGGAAUGCUCAACAAAACGUCGCAAAGAUUUUCGCCGUACAUGGGUAGGAGGGUCGGCGAGAUUCAGGCGGCGUCCAAGGUCGGUGAAAAUGGACAGUUGAUUGAGUGGGCAUGGAUAGAGGGAAAAUUGAACAUCGCUGAUUGGAUCACCCGGGGGAAGGAGCCGGAUCAGCUGGCGGGAAGCGGGGAGUGGGUAAAUGGGCCGGAAUUUCUGUCUCAACCGGUGAACACGUGGCCUAUCAGUCGCUGCUCGCCACGUGACUUACCCAAGGAGGCGGAGGAGAGGGUCUCAGUCAUGAUGACGUCGGUUGCGGGAAAAACUGGCGCACCACGGCAAAACGCCAACGGUGUACCGACUCGUGAUGAGCUGGAAAAGGCGCGAGUCUACUGGAUCAGGCAGUGCCAGCUGGACAUCAAAGAUGAACUAGAGGCGUCUGUGCAGCCUGGGUCCGGCGGGCGCUACCGUCGUCUUGGCCCGGUGUUGGACCAGUGGGGUAUGUGGGUGGUGGGUGAGCGAGUGAAGCAUCACGUUGAGUUCACAUCGUCCAAAGAACUGCCGCCCAUACUGCCAAGUCGACACAGAUUCUCGGUGCUGGCAAUGGAGGAGGCACAUGGCGCCGGACACGGCGGCGUCACCACCACACUGGCGAAGUUCCGGCGACGCUAUUGGAUAACGCAGGGAGGAAAAUUGGCGAAGAAUGUGCGCGGACGGUGCGUCGUCUGUAGGAAGACAGACAAGCGGCACGUGCAGCAGGUGAUGGGCCCACUACCCGAGGGGUUACUAAAGCCGGCGCCAGUGUGGGCUCACAUGGGUCUGGACUUAUUCGGACCGUUCCGCAUUCGGGGGACAGUGAAUAAGCGCACGACUGGUAAGGCCUAUGGGGUUUUGUUUGUGUGCUUGCUCUCUAAGGCCGUGCAUUUGGAGCUGAUUGACGGAUACUCAACGUCAAGUUUUUUGAUGGGCCUGAGGAGGUUUGCUGCAGUGAGAGGGUGGCCGCAGGUGAUAUACAGUGACGGUGGCACACAACUGACUAGUGCGGCUGCAGAAAUCGAGCAAGUGUGGGAGAAGCUUGACGCGGUCGAGUUGGAGGAGAUUGGGGGCAAAAAUGGAUUCUCGUGGAGGUUUGGUCCUGGUGAUUCACCGUGGAGGCAAGGGACCGCCGAGCGUUUGAUUGGGUGGGUGAAGCGCACAAUCACGCUGGCGGUGGGAGAUACCCGUCUCAACUUCUCCGAGCUACUGACUGUAUUUUAUGAGGCAAUGCAGUUGGUGAAUCAGCGGCCGGUGGGAGUGAAGCCGCGAGAUGACGGGGAACAUGAGUUUCUCUGUCCGAACGAUCUGUUGCUCGGGAGAGCAUCAGCGCAGACCCCGCCCGGACCGUACAGCGUGCAGGGUGCAGCACAGGAUAGGCUACGCUUAGUACAGCGUACGGUGGACUCGUUCUGGUCUCGCUGGGCGAAGGAGGUGGCGCCGAACCUGCUAGUCAGGAGGAAGUGGCACCACGCGCAGCGAGACGUCAAGGUCGGCGACCUCGUGCUAGUGGCCGACGCGAAUGCGGUGCGUGGGAGUUAUCACAUGGCCGUGGUGAGUGGCGUCACCAAGGGCUCGGACGGUCGGGUUCGUACUUGUGCGGUGGCCUACAAGAACUUUCCGGCAUCGGAGAAGCUGGAUGCGUAUGGUGGUGCGAAGUACACGGCCGUCAGGCGAGCGGUGCAGCGGCUCGUGGUUGUGUUGCCCGUAGACGAACAAGGUGGCACGGAUUGGGCCGGGGAAAGUUUGCGGUUGUCACGGAUAGGGGUCACCGCAACUGAAGCCUGGGUGGCUGACCUGCGGACCAACAUCCGCGGCGUAAGGAAGAAGCUUGCGGAGGUCAAGCGGGCGGCAGAGGAACGGCGAGGACAAGUGGAGGAAGCUCAGCGGGGGAUUGAGGUUGGGGCAUUGGUGAUAUCGGUGAAGGGGAAACUGCAGAGGGAACUGCAGGCCUUCAGAGCCAAUGCGGGCAACCUCGACAAUCAGCUGAACACGGAGACCUCUGUGACUUAG